GCGACGGUUUGGAGCGCGAGCGACGCCGCCGCUGAGCUCAACUGCGCACGCGCCACUGCUCGCUCGCGCGCGUCUCCUCCAGCUGUGGGAUCUCCAUUCUCCACCGGCCGCUGUGUGAGGAGCGGACCGGACAUUUUUAUUCUAUAUCUUCUUCCUCCUGUCUGUGUGUGAGGAGCAGACCGCCCGCCAUUAUUCGCCGAGAUAGCGGCGGCCAUUACCGAACAGCAAAACAACCUUGUGUCUACGUCCUCCCCCUUCCGCGUCAAAAUGUCGGCGCAGGCCCAAAUGCGAGCCAUGCUCGACCAGCUCAUGGGGACCUCUAGGGACGGUAAGCUGGCCGUGUGUUACCUCAGAGUGUGACCGUGUGGCUUCGUGUUAGUGUGUGUGUUUAGUCCUUUCAUCAGAGCUGUGUGUGGAGAAGUAGUUAUGGUGUCUGGGACAGGUGUUACCAGUGAGAGGCUAUUGACAGUGUUUUUUUCCGGUUGUUACUAUACACACCUGCAGGUCCUGGGCAUUGGGUGAAUGCUUUUUUAAUUGAAUUAUACAUUAUUAUUUUUUUUUUAUAUGCUGAAAUUGGGAAAAAUAUCACUGUUUUUGUUUUCUUUUAAAAUCAGACCAAACCAUUGCAGAGAGAGAGUAUUUUACUAAAGCGUGACUUGAAUGGCACAUUUUAUAAACCAGCAGCUUAUUGGGUAUCCGUCGCUAACGCAACUAUAUACUUCUUUUAGUUCUUUUGAUGAGCAAUAAAGGUAGUACAUGCAUCAAAUGUAAUCUGUGAGGAAUACAAGACAAGUACGGUAUAUGUGCAAAAGGUAUCCACAUAGGAAUACAAAAUAAGCAUCAAUUUUAACAAUUCCGAAUGCUGCAUAUUGACAAUACCAACUGCUCGUACUAUUUAUUUUAUAGAUUCUUUAUUGCUACUUAGAACCUACAGAAUUACAGUUGAUAUAGCAGCAUGGUGUGUUUUUUGUUUUGUAAGACAAACCAGGACUGUGAGCCCAAAACAAGAUUAACAUUCAAAUAAAAAAACUUUAACUGUGUGUUUAGAGAGAGAUAUUAAGGUGCCUCUCUCCAAAACACCGAAUAUCUCCAAUACCAGCGAGGCACCCGUGACAUUUGAGAUAUAAACACGCAUGUGCUAAAGGGCAGUGAGUCGUAGUUAAUUCAGUCAGCCACUUCAGAGAAGCCCUGACCCAUCAUAUUUGACUUUCACUUGGCAGCGUGGUUAUUUUACCUUCAAUUUUGCAUCCCGUUUUUACCGCCUCAUAAUUCACUACUUAGUGAAUGAAAAUCUUAAGUGAAAAUCCAAGGUAAAUUUGAAGUGAAGUUCAAAUGUAAGGCCAGAAUAGCGACUUGGAAAGCAUAGUAGACUGAACAAAUUAUUCCAUUUUGGUUAUUUUGGCCUUAUAGGAACACAAUAGGCACUCAGACUACUUGAGCUCAUUGAAGUGGUCUGCAAUAAUUAUCUUUGAGGGCUAACUACACCUUGUGUGGCUGUCUACCAGGCAGCCACUAGAGCAGGGGUUCUCAACGUUAGUCCUCAGGACCCCCUACCAGUCCAGGGUCUAAGGUGUUUUUUUUCCCUUUUUCUAAACACCUGAGACACACCCAGGUAAUCCCCAAAUCUUGGACUGGUCCUGAGGACUGGGUUGAGAACCCCUGCACUAGAGGGACUUCCGGGUCAUUAGGUGACUUUUGGUUGCCUUACUGAUGCUGGACAUCCACCAUCACCCAACUCCAAUGGUUUCCUAUGGGGUAAGUCUUAAUGCAAGUGCAGCAAUUAGGGCACAUGCAUUAGGUCUCCUGCUGGCUGAUGUAGGUGAGGGAAGAACAGAGCCUGAACCAGCACCAAGGGACAUUGGGGCUGGAAACGAAUAAGGGACAGGAGGAGUUUUGCGGGGCACAACUUUGUUUUCAUGGCACUAUAGUUUCCCUUUUAAGUUUUCAUUUCACUUUAAUUUCACCCUAAUUUCUUACUUUAGUGAAUAACACUGUAUGUUUUAGUUGAAAACCAGUGCUAGAGUUGAAGAUAUGUAUAGUUGCUUAAUUUAUUCGCUUCAGAUUAAACCAAUGCGAAUGUUUUCCAAAACCUGUUCAUGGGACAAGAGUAGACCAUGUCAUGUAAAUUCAGUUAAUACCAACAGAGUCACUUUAAAAAGAAUAUUUUAUUGCACUUAUGGCAUUUCUAUUUAGAUCUGCAAGUGUGCGCAUGACUGUCUGAGUUAUCAGGGGGCAGCAGAGUUGCCCUAAACAUAGAAGGGAAGCAGUGGUAGAUAUGCAUUGGCUAACAUGAUGGAACAAUGAAUUUUCACUUCCUGGCAAGUAAAAGAUCUGCUUUAAAGAGACUCCAAGCACCAUAACCAUAGAAACACACUGUAGUGGUUAUUGUGACUGGCACCCUUCCAGUUUCUUGCCUCUCCUGGAGGCUGACCACUAACAUGGGGUCACCUUUCUCAAACUGUUCUUAAAGGUUUGAAUAAUUAUAGUGGGGAGGUGCCAGGGCUCUCCUGACACCAUAACCACUGUUGUGUGCUGUAGUGGUUUUGGUGCUUGGGGGUGUUCUUUUAAUGUAAAAAAAAAUUCAGCUGCAAGUUUAGUUUUUUAUUUAUACACUUGUUUGCUGACUUGCAGCUUUGUGUUCAUAAGCGACACCAGUAAUACUACUAAGGGCAAGUAGUGAGGUAAGGUCCUUGAAAACUAUUUGUUCAACUUCAUGUUAUCGACUGCUUUAAAGAGAAGGAACCCAUAACCAGUGUGACUUUUUGUAGUGGUUAUAGGGCUUGUAUCAGUUUCUGAAAACUUUAAAGGGACACCAUAGUCACCAGAACAACACCAGCUUAUUGUAUUUGUUCUGGUAAGAAAAAUCAUUCCCUUCAGGCAUUUUGCAAUAAACAAUGUCUUUUCAGAGAAAAUGCAAUAUUUACAUUACAGCCUAGUGAUCACUCCACUGGCCACUUCUCAGAUGGCUACUAGAGGUACUUCUUGGGGCAGUGCAACACUGAAAUUCAGUGUCUCCUCCCUCUGCAUGGAGACACUGAACUUUCCUCAUAGAGAUGCAUUGAUUCAAUGAAUCUCUGAGGAGAUGUUGAUUGGCCAGGGCUGUUUGACUCUGCCCCUGAUCUGCCUCCUUAACAGUAUCAGCCAAUCCUAUGGGGAAGCAUUGUGACUGGCUCGGAAAAACACUUAUUCUCAGAAAUACACGUUUGUGUUCCUUUAAAUUCACAGUUUUUCUAUAUAUAGAAAGUCCCUGCUCCUGGACAGCUUGGCAUGUUUAUGCUUGCAGCGUGGCUCCUGCAAGUAAAGGAGUAUGCCUUAAAAAGUCUUUAAAUCUGCACAUUAGGCUAGUGUCCACCCAUUCUUUAACUUAAUGCAUUGUACAGAUGUCUUAAAAUACAACCAGUCCAAAAUAUUAGUACUUUAAUUGGCUUUCUGAGACUAGAAAUGUACUACCCAUGAGAGAAACUGAACUUCAGCUCCCAGAAAUGUUUGCUGUGUUUCCUGAUUACCUAUAGAACGGUGUUAUUGGACAUUGUAGGUUAGUAAGGAAGGAUGAAAAGGGAGCUGUACACAUACAGUAUCAGCAAGAGGGGGGGAAUCAUUUAGAAGGGCAGUCAGAGUAGUGGAGAUAGGGUUAUGAUACAGAACACUGGGAAACAUGUCUAUUUUUGCAAAAACAAAUUACAUUUGAGUGUACACAAUGUAAUGCCUGGAGUGCACUUUUUAUCUAGCAUCUCAUAAAAUGCAAGUGACUACUGCCUAUCCUAUGACUUUGGCCUGUGUUUUGGCAUUCAUGGUUUUUUAUGUAAAGGUUUAGGUUCUUUCAUGUUGCAAACAGCUUAUAGCUAUGUAGUAGCUAAUUAGUUGUGACACAUGAGAAAAUUAGUUGGCGUUCAUAAUGAAACUUUUAAAGGAUCACUAUAGGGUCAGGAACACAAACAUGUAUUCCUGACCCUAUAGUGUUAAAACCACCAUCUAGCUCCCCUGGCCCCCUCAUGCCUCCAUAAAUAUAGUAAAAAUCUUACUGUAUUCAAGCCUGAAGCUGUAACUCUGCAUGCUGUUAGACUCAGAAAAAAACGUCUGCUGACAUAAUCAGAAGUGGUAGCCUGAUCCAAUCACAAUGCUUCCCCAUAGGAUUGGCUGAGAAUGAGAAGGAGGCAGAUAAGGGGCAGAGCCAGCAUGAUUCAAACACAGCCCUGGCCAAUCAGCAUCUCCUCAUAAAGAUGAAUUGAAUCAAUGAAUCUCUGUAAGGAAGGUUCAGUGUCUGCAUGCAGAAGGAGAUACUGAAUGUUUGGAUGCAUUUUAGGCAGCCAUGACCCAGGAAGGAUCUCUAGCAGCCAUCUGAGGAGUGGCCAGUGAAGUUAUCACUAGGCUGUAAUGUAAACACUGCAUUUUCUCUGAAAAUACAGUUUUUACAGCAAAAGGCCUGAAGGGAAUGAUUCUACUCACCAGAACAAAUUCAAUAAGCUGUAGUUGUUCUGGUGACUAGUGUCUCUUUAAAGGGACACUCCAGGCACCCAGACUACUUCUGCCCAUUGGAGUGGUCUAGGUGCCAACUCCCACUACCCUUAACCCUGCAACUGUAAAUAUUGCAGUUUUCAUAAACUGCAAUAAUUACAUUGCAGGGUUAACUCCACCUCUAAUGGCUGUCUACUAGACAGCCACUAGAGGGUACUUCCUGGUCUAUAGCACAGGUUUUCUGUACUAUAGCGUCGCUGGACGUCCUUACGCUAUGUGAGGACCUCCGGCGCCGCUAAAAUUCCCAUAGGAAAGCAUUGAAAGUAUUUUCAAUGCUUUCCUAUGGGGAGGUCUAAUGCGCGCGCGUGCAUGCACAUUAGGUCUCAUCCCGGCCCUAAACCACCGCUGAGGGUUAUCGGCGGUGGUCUCAGGUAAGUCACUGAAGGGGUGUUCACCCCUUCAGCAACAUGGGAUGGGGGGUGGGAGGGAUAGGGGACCUGCAGUGCCAGGAAAACUAUUUGUUUUCCUGGCACCGGAGUGUCCCUUUUAUCUGUUUUUGAAAGAUGAGGACAUACCUGAGAGGAAAAAAAUAUUAACUAUGACUCAGUCAUGCUGUUUUGCUAUAUUAGAGGUUUGUGUACUUUGGCUUGCAACUGACAAAAAAGUUUAAAUAUUUGAUCACGUUUGCUAGAAAAAAGUGGUUAUUAGAGAGUGCAGAGCAAUUGCUUUUCAGUGGUAAUAUAUCUUUCAUGAACUCUACUCAAGACACCUUUUAUUUGUACUGAUAAUAUGCUGUUUUAAAAUGCACAUACGUGAACUGAUCGCCUAUCAUCUCUGGUUUAACAAAAAAAUUAAGAAAGAUAAAGGAUCUCUCAUAAAAGCCCAAAGACCCAAGAUAGCAUGUAUCCCUUUUAAAUUCAUUCAAGAAAAUUGCAUUUGAGCUAUCAAAUUGAGCCACAGCGAUUCUCUCACUGGAUCAUUGUGAUUGGAAGACCCCCAGGGUCUCCCCCCAUGCUCCAAUGGCAGAUCAGUGCUGGCUUUUUUCAGUUGCCCAGCACUGAUUUCAAGCAUCUAAGCAUAAUUUAAGGAAUCUGACCACAGUGGCACAUAUAUUUUAAAAAUGCCCUGUUAAAAUGUAAUGUGUAUGUAGGUAUGCAACAAAAAAUAUAUAUUUACCACGCACUUUGACAUAAACUGGUAUAAAAAGAAUGGCAACAUAUUAAUGCACACUAUACACCAAAUGAGAUACACAGAAGUGUCCACUUUUGCAGUUGGUAGGACUUUGAGCGGUUUAACCUCUUAAGGACCAAACUUCUGAAAUAAAAGGGAAUCAUGACAUGUCACACAUGUCAUGUGUCCUUAAGGGGUUAAACAAUCAGACUACUAUUAUGACCCAAAAUUAGCCAUUUGCCCAUCAAAUAAGUCCUAAAAAUUUGAACUGUAAAAACUGAAAUGGUCAGGUCUCUUUAACAGGAUAGUGGCAAAGGCAUAUUAGUGGUAUAGUUGUUACCAGAAGAUGUAGCUGAACAAAUUAUGGGGUUUUGCACAGUGGUAGCACACAUCAGGUUUGCAACAUACAUAUUCAAAAAAUCAUUUUAUAUGUGUGCUAAAAAUCGGAGGAAAAAAAAAAACCUAACUUGUACUCCAAUAAUUAGCAGAUAUUGACCGUUAAAUGGUUACAUAAUAAGAGUCAAAUUACCCUUGGGUUAAUAGCCAAUGGUGUCUACUUUGUGUGGUAACUUUUUUUUUUUUUUCACUGUUAAAGGGACACUGUAGUCACUAUAACCACGUUGUCUCUUUGAAUUGGUUAUAGUGCCUGGAGUGCCCUGGCACUGUCCCUCCAUUCAGUGUUGCACCAUGUUUGUGCAGUAUGCCACAAAAUAAGAGUCCCUGGCCACCCACAGUCCGGCCCCUUCUGUAUGUGUAGCUAAGGCAGAGAUUACACACUUUCUUGUUGUCAUACCCAUUCAUACCGUCAGUUGGAGCUCUGACAGGUUAAAAGCAGUCAGCUGACACUCUCAGCCAAUCACAGCUGCCCAUUGAUGCUCAGGGUAAUACUUCCUUAUUAGCCAAAGCAGCACAGAGGGGAUGGACUGCCGUGGUCUCUUGUUUAGCAUUAAAACAUUACAACAUUAAAAACUGUUCAAUACUGAAAGAAAUGAUGGCACCAGGGGACUCCAUACACUAUAACCAGUUUAAUGAGAUGAAGCAGAUACGGUGCCCCUUUAAUCUUGCAAGACAAACCUCAAAUUCUAAAAUCACUCCACAUUAAAAUUAUUUUGUGACCUGUAAUUACCAAAAAUAAACUGAAAUCCUAGACUUAUGUACUCUGUAAGUCAGGACAAUCAAUUAACGUUGAAUUACUUUUCAUAAGCUGUACACACAUUAUUAUUGGCAAAACCAUGAAGAAAAAAAAUAUUUUUUUGUGUGUAAAUUUCUUCUGUAUUUUAAAUAAGAAGUUAUAAAUGUUGAUAUUUCUUUUGAGGCAUCAAAAAGAACAUUACAGAAUAAAGAUAAGCGAGUCAGACUAGAUACACGUCAUAUAUGCAAUAACAAUGCAAUAUACAAUAAACUUUAGCGUACUUCAGCCUCAUUUAAAAAAAAAAAAUUUUUAAAAAAUGGAGAAACCGAUCUGUCUAGACAGGACUAAUAGUAGUUUCUGAGCAGUAGAAAGGGCUAACUAAACAAGAUUACUACUGCGGAAAAGUAUAGCACAUGUUAAAGGGACACUGUGGGCACCCAGACCACUUCAGCUCAUUGAAGUUUUCUGGGUGCAAACUCCCAUCACCCUUAACCCUGAGCAUGUAAUUAUUGGAGCAGUGGGGUGGAGCUGAGCCAGUGCUGGAACCUGAUAAGUGAAGGGGGAGGGUCUUGACAGAGGGGGAAGCUUUAGUGCCAGACUAUAGUUUCCCUUUAAAUUAUGUCACAAUAGGGAUCAGCUCUGUCCGAAAUUAAUACACUGGUUCCAUCAUAACUGAAACUAAAACGAUAAAUCUUUGUAAAAGGCGUAAGGCAUAAGAAAAUACAACUAAAGCACUGUUAUGUGCAAAAAUGAGUAAUGUGGGUAUCCUUAAGAUAUAUGAACGAAAAAUUAGGCAGUAUGUGUGAGGGGGUCUGAAUUGCUGACACCCUUGUUGGGAGAUGCAGGAUAGAAGCUACUGGUUCGCUAGUGUUAACAACAUGGUAGAGAGGCCAGGCAGCCCCAGGCCUGCCUGGAGGCCCACAUCAUUAAGUCACAGACCUGGAUACAUAGAAGGUCCAAGUCCUUUCCAGAAGGGAUACAGCUGAGGAUCGAUGUGUUUGGAUGUCACUGUCGGCGCUUCCUCUGCCAGCAUGUCUAUGCGAUGGGGAGAAGCCCCUAGUGGCCUUCAUCCCAGACGAAUACAUGUGGAGGGUAGCAACUGCUUGUUGUCAAGUUGUUUCUUUGGGAGGUUCAUUGCUGCUCGUUUCUUGGACUCCCCUCUCUGAGUUUUAGCUGGGAACACGCUGUUCAUGCCUCUAGUUUAGCCCAGAAGAUUUGGAAGAUUGCUUUCAGUUUCUGUAGAGAUCGUUCAAAGGGGUCCAUAUGAACCUGAGGGAUUGGUGUCAGAGUGCAUCAUCAAAUUCAGGAGAUCGCCUGCCAUGUUGGGAUCAAGAUUUUAAGCCGACAUGUAAUGUAAGCGGUCAAUGGAGAUUGGGUAUGCAAGACCAGAUUGCAUAGGCCCCAAAUCAGAAGUUAAGAGCUCAGCCUUGUUGAGGUGAGUUUAUGCUAUAUCUUGACAGGCACAGCUGCAGAAACAAUGGUGGUACAGACUGCAUGCAUGUGGGGUGUGGGUAUAACCCCAGUUUGUGAGGUAAGUCUCUAGAGGGAAAGUGUCUCACUGGAUAGAUCGGCCAGUUCUUUUGCCGAGCGUCGCCAUCCAGUCUCGACGAAACCUCAGUUUCACAAAAAGUAGUCUGACUGAUCAACUCAAGGCACCUCUACCGGCCAUUGGAACCAGUGAGUCUCGGAAAGGAUGUUGGGCAGAAAAUCCGCAUAGAAUAGAGAUCGUGCUCUGAGCACUUACACAGCACAUCCAGCUGCCUUGAGGCACAGCCCCCAGAAGUUAUAUGUAUAUGUCAAAUCAAAUUAAAGCGCUUUCUGUUCUUUAACAAACAAUAUAUAAUAUGUAUGGGGCACUUGAAGAGAAACUCUUAAAUUAUGGUGGAACAAACCUAUAGCUCAAAUUCAAGGUUUGUUUUGGUUCAGAAUGGUUAGUUACCUCUGUUCUUAAAGGAACACUAUAGUCACCUAAAUUACUUUAGCUAAAUGAAGCGGUUUUAGUGUAUAGAUCAUUCCCCUGCAAUUUCACUGCUCAAUUCACUGUCAUUUAAGAGUUAAAUCACUUUCUGUUUAUGCAGCCCUAGCCACACCUCCCCUGGCUAUGAUUGACAGAGCCUGCAUGAAAAAAAAUCUGGUUUCACUUUCAAACAGAUGUAAUUUACCUUAAAUAAUUGUAUCUCAAUCUCUAAAUUGAACUUUAAUCACAUACAGGAGGCUCUUGCAGGGUCUAGCAAGCUAUUAACAUAGCAGGGGAUAAGAACAUCUUAAUUAAACAGAACUUGCAAUAAAGAAAGCCUAAAUAGGGCUCUCUUUACAGGAAGUGUUUAUGGAAGGCUGUGCAAGUCACAUGCAGGGAAGGUGUGACUAGGGUUCAUAAACAAAGGGAUUUAACUCCUAAAUGGCAGAGGAUUGAGCAGUGAGGCUGCAGGGGCAUGUUCUAUACGACAAAACUGCUUCAUUAAACUAAAGUUGUUCAGGUGACUAUAGUGUCCCUUUAAGGUUUGAGUUUGGAGGUAAUUUGAACACAGUAGAUUCUUAUGUCCCUCAGAUCACACAUUCUCACUGAGUGUUUGUUUUUUACAGGGGGGUGGAAAAAUUGUCACCCUUAUAGUGUGAGGUAUUUUAUUUAACAUCUGUUAAAGUUCUGCAGACCUUUUAUUUCUUUACAAUUGCAUUGUCAUAUUUCUAUGUAGAACACAAAGCCUACCAGAGUUGGUGAAGCUAAUCCACACUAUUUUAAAUGAAGGGACCCUGUACAUCGGGGGAUCUUCACAUUUUUAUGACUGCAGUCCCCUAAUGGUUUAUCCAGUCUGUCGCCAUAUAACCUCGACCAGACUGUCAAAAUCGGAUUGUUUAAUGUACAUGUACAUUAUCCCUACUAUUGGCAUUUUUAAUACCAGAAAAUAGCAAGAUGUAGUCAUUUGAACUUGUGUGCAAUAUUACCACACAAAGUGACUUGUGGCCAGCAAUCCAGAUUUCUCAGAAAUCUUAGUUCUCUAAUUUGGUCAUGUAACUUUUUUUAUAAUCCUGCAAAAAGAAAUGUACUUGAGUUACAUUUGGUGUGCAAAACUUUAGUAGGAUGCAUCAGGCUUAUAGAAUACCUGUGAAAAGUAUGUAAGGCAAGGAGCGACAAAUAUAUAGACCCAAACAAGUUUACGUUAAUUAAAUGCUAUUGUUCUGCAAUGGCUGGUACAAAGACCAUUCAGGCUUUUAGUUUUGGUUUGUAUUGGAUUUUAUUUCUCUCUUUCUGCUAUUGUUAGGUGUGUACACUGUACUGUGAUCUUUUGUGGUUUUUUUUUUCUUUUUCUUUUCUUUUUCAUAUAAUGGUUUGGCUUUGAUUUAAAGACCUUUUUAAACUGUGAAUUUUCCCAAUUUCAUUUAUAUCAAGGUGUUUAUUAGUUAUAUUGGAUCCAUACACUGUCAAUCUCUGCAUGAAUCAUUGUAAUCCACACGAUUUUGGAGGAGUGCUGUUUCACAGAGUGUGUGGGUGUCUGCUUUUUUCCAGUCUUUUGAUAAACUGGCAAAUUCUUUCCCUUUUUUUGUCCAUUACUGUAUUGCUGCAGGUACUUUUUUUAAAAUAAUUUAACUAUACUCCUGAUUCUGAGCAUAUAUAAAGGCACAUGUUAAUCAUAUACCCCCUGCAAUAUUAUUGUAGUGUUUUAAUGCAAAGAGGCUGUUGGUGCAGUCCCUUCAGUUUUGUCAAUCGUGCUUGAAAAUAAAGCACUUUCAUAUCUUCGUUAUCUAAACAAUGUUUAUUCAGGUAGUAGGAUUUAGCUGUGUUAACACAUACAGAUAUUUUGGCUGGAUAAUGAGAUUACAUGACACAGGAAUCUGCUACAAUUCGAUAUCACCAAAGCAAUUAACAGUUUUUUGAUGCAGUCAAGCCUUUUUUACUAUUCAUACUGGUGGUAGAGAAGGUUGGCUUUGGUUGCUGCAACCAUUUAUUUCCUUCCACAAUCUCUUGAAAAUGGCUUGGUUGAAGUAUGUGGUUGCACCUAUAGUCUCCUUGCAAAAUAACCAUCACAAUAAGGUGUGAGGGAUACGGUGAUUGGAGUGUCCCUUUUAAUUGUUACUGCCAACCAACUCUUUUCAGCAUAACAGUGCAUUCUGCAAGUCUCUGUGAAACUGUAUUCCUAAAUAUCUAAAAUAUAAGGGGUGGGAAUACUGUUGCUCAUUUAUGUUUUAUGCAUAAAGUCUGAAUAAAAAUGUUCUUAUUGAUGCUGUUGAAAAAAUGCUGGCAGAAGCUGUUUUUUAUACAAACUGAACAAUCUGGCCCCCUUGUUUUAUUUAUAAAGGUUCAAUGUAUCUAUGCCUGCCUACUGCAAUCCGCAAGGGAGUAACAGAAAGGCCCCGCAUUCGCCGAGCCGUGAGUUAUAACAAACUUUUCAGAUGUGUUAAUGAAUGUGGACAUACGCAGUUGUUUAACAAAAAAAUUAAAUAAAUUGCAGCUGCUGGCCUAAGCAGAGCCAAAUCAGUUGGGUACUGAAUGGCUCUAAACAGUGUAACUAGGGACAGGCGUACUUGCUAAACACAUCCACCAAAUAAAGAAAUCCUCUGGUAUUCCAAAGAACAUAGAAAGUUCAACCCUGGAUGCUUAGUCUUCAGAUUGGGUUUGUAUGCCUAAUCAUGGACUAGAUAUUAUCUGUAUUCCUUAAUAACCAUAUGCCUGUGUUUGUGUGUGUGUAGUAUAACAUUCCUAAAUUUUCUUUCUUUUUUAUUUUUUUACCCCAAUCUUAUUUGCAUGCCACUUCAGAGCAAAUGGAUUAGAUCCUCCCUCCUCCCCCCCCUCCCGUAAUAAAGUUGCAUGACCUUUUUAUGCUGUUUGAGAUAUAUUUAUUUGUAUUUCUAAAACUAUAUUCACCAUCUAAUGUAGGAAGUGCUUUUAAUCCUCGGACAUUAAAAAGCUUUAAAUAUUUUAUCACCUGCUUUUUCUCUUUCUUGUGCUAUAUUGUGGCAUUACCAAACCUAAUCUCUUUUUCCUGUAUCACUUUGUAAUACAGGACAAUAUAGCCUUAUUUUUCUCACAUAUGGUGGCAGUACGUAUGGGUUGUGCUUCCUAAUUGGGACAAGCUUCUGCAUGAUAGGUAAUUAAGAAAUGUCCCUCCCCUUUACCCUAUAAAGGGCUUCCCCCGGCAAACUCACCUCAGUUCUUCCUUGUCUCAGCAUGGGUCGGAUCAAGCGGCUGUUGAAGGUGAGGCACACAGGUUGCUGAUAGCCGCCCUGGUGGUAGGCUGAGCGGCAUGGCUCUAUCCGUGGAGGUUUCAGAGCCCUUUCUGUUUAAAUUUGCGCCGAGUAUGUUCCGGCUUGGUGAGUAUGGGCGCGCCGGGGGACAGCUUCAUUAUGUUGAAGGCUGUGCGUGUGCGCACAGCGGUGGAAUGCACGCCCGGGUGGUGUUGCAUUCCACCGAAGUUCCGGGUGUGCUAUUGCGCAUGCGCAAACCGGAACUUCAGGGAAACUGCCCGGUGCGGAUCGCUGUGCUAUUCCCUCUGGCAGCAGGAAGCUUGUCAGAAGGGUUCCCCGUGUCACCAACCCCCCACACGGCUCAGAGGUUUUCAAGGUAAGAUUAGCUGAUCUUUGCGUUGCAAAUCUGUUCUGAUUAAAAUUGCAAGUUAUGGAUAGAAUUGUUUUGCAGAAAUUAUACUGUAAUUGCAAAAUGGACUGUUUGUACAACUUGGAAUGCCUCUGCUAUACAAGGCUUUUGCUUAUUGUAUCUGUGCUGCUCCCCUUAAUAUGGUUCUGGGGUUUAUAAAUAUGACCAAGGUGCUGAAAUUUCUUGGGUAAAAUUAAGCAGAGAAUAUGCAAUCAUACCCAUCUUUGUUUGAAUUCUUGUAGAGAAUCAAAUAGUGUUUUAGCUGCUCUGCCUGAGAUGUUCCUCAGAGACAGAAGAGAAGCAUCCUUCAAUUGCUUCUAAUGUCUGGCAAAUGAUUACCUCUUCUUAAGACGUGUCUGGUUCAUCAUACUGUGUGGAGUUGGUUCCCACAUUAUGUACUGAGAAGGUUCAUUAGUAAUGAAUCGGUCAUGGGGCAGGAUAAAUCUGCUAAACUUUAUCUUAUCUGUUCCUCAAACCCCAUGUCCUUCUUAUAUGCAGAAAUGGGAGCACUCUGUGUAACAAGCCUUUCUUGCCCGACGUUUAAUAUGUUUACCAUCAAAUGGGUAAAUAUUGCACCCACAGGUAUACUGGGAAAUCAUAAAAUUCUGCAUAAGUAGCUGCUUUAAUAACCCUGUCGUCAAGAAGGCUGAGACCUCUUGCAGACGAUCUUUUCAGACUGCUAGUUUUCGGCAUAGGUCUUUGGCAGGUGCAGAGGUGUCCAAAACUUAUAACUUUGUUUACAAUCAUUAAUGGAAGUUAUUUAAGUCUCCUGCUGAGCUUGGAGGCGUAAUCCUGUUAUUCUUUACCAAGUGUGGAUAGCUCAGUGGGUUUAGACCUUGUUCAACCCUUGGGGGUUCACAGGUUCAUUUGCCCUGCAGGGUUUACUUCCCCUGCCAUUCAGUGGAGUCACUUAACAUACCCAGGAUGCAUUUGGGAACCAGUAUAUAUCUGAAUGUCUCUUGCCUGACUUUUAAGUAGAAUCUACUUGCAAUCACUCGUUACCUGAUCUAGUUAAAGAGGGCACUGCUUGCUCUAUUCAAAUCUGCCCAAUGCAUAAUCUUCAGAACAUCUGAUACUCUAUUUACAGAAACAGUGUUCCUGUUUGAUUCAAGGAGUUUGAGAUAUGGUUCUGUGAACCACCAAGUUCAUUGGGUUGUCAAACUCUGAUCAUUCCUUUAAACCAGUUAUGAAUUUAAAUUAUUGGUUUCUCUCCUGAGGUUCAGAAUCGACGCUUCUGUAACUCUGAUUCUGCAGAAAGAAAUUUCAUGGUGUAUAUAGAUCAGAGAUAUAGUAUCACAUAUCCUAUUGCGGCCCCUCAAGAUGUUUUCUGAAAAUACGCCAUAAGUGGAUUGAAGAGAUUUCAUUGCUCUUCUAAACACUCCCAUAAAAGCAUAUUUUAGGGAACGAGGCAUUCCCUACUUGGGAGUUUGACUACUUAUUGCUAAUCGGGACAGUUGACAUUUAAGUAUGUUCAGGUAGUUAGCAGAGUGCUACAGCAACGCGGUUGGAUACAGAGACUAUAAUGUAUUUUCUUCUUCUCCAGGAAACAGUUUUUUCCCUUUUGGAGGUUCGUGUUAACCUUAAAACGUUACCUUUGCAUCUACUGCACUCAUGAAGGAAAGGUCCAAUUCCUAAUAAAGCGAAAAAUCCUCGGUAAGAACAGGAAAUGAGAUUGCUGGGAUGUCUGACUUCUUCAAUUCCUGCAGUCAACUGAGCAAAAUUUGGAUUUGGCCACUACAGUGGAAAAUUCUCAUAUCUUGGUCAAAGUGUGGACAUCUUGGAUUUCUGUCUCCUUGGCUCUCUUAGAAAAAAGCUGAAUAUCGGCUAAACUGGUGGACAACGUCAAGUUUUUCCUGACAAGUCUGUCCUUUCAGCCUAUAGAAGGAGUAAUUUACCCCUCAGAAUGCAUCUCUCACAGGCUGGGUCACUUGUACCAAUUCUGUGUGUUAGCGUUUUUGGUCCUAAGAAAAAUAGUCCACUAAUUUCAGAGCUCUUAAGGUAGUUCUUCACUCCCCUCACCGUUUCAGACCUUGGUUGAUUUGAGGGACCUAUUACAGUGCGGUCAGACCACAACACGGUUUCCCUCAUGUCAGCAGACAGGGUGGUGCCAGAGGCAAGGUCUGUUUAAGCUAUGUACUAAAAUGGUUUACUGAGCUCAGGAUCUCUGGGAGGUGUUCUCUCCAUUCCACUCAUGAUGUGUUGACAAUGUCAUCAUCUACAACCUCAGCACAAGAAAUUGGGAUCAAGAGUAAUGGUCUAUAGAUCAGAUCAUGUUCACAGUCUAAAGAGAGAUUUGGAGUGUCUGGAUAGACCUUAUGGCAAAGAGGGAGAACAUGAAGAUUCUCAGGUUAGCCUCUCUAUACAGGACAGAUGGUUCACGUUGAAUAGUUGUGCUAUCUAUCUAAGGGUAUUUCUUCAGGCUUCCAUUUUUUUCUCCUAUAGACUGUUCCCAAGACGUCUUCAAAAAAACGGACAGAGCAGUGGUUCUGCCAGUCUUUCCAUACUGGCUAAACACAAGCUAGUUUUCGGCCUUGGUGGAGAUGGCUUUCAAGUUUGGGGAUAUUUCAAUCUCGAAAACACUUUUGGAAGACAGGAUAUCCUGCUGAAAGUGUUGAAUAGGUUCUUAAUUGCAUGGUGGGUCUCUUGAGUCUUCAUGAGUCAGAGCCCACUUGUUGAGUAUAAUCUUUUAGUCGUUCCGCCUCUAACUUUUACAUGUGGAUUUGGGUAGAGUUUCUUCAUUGUUGUAAGGAACGUCUUUGUCUUAGUUCAUUUGUCCGGUUGGUUCAAAUUUACACAUUUGCAGGAGAUUUCCACAGGUUGGGCAUUUCCACGUUAAGACCCAAUUGUAUUCCCAGAGUUCUUUCUGAGAAGGGAUUGGUCUUCGUAUAUGCUGGUUAGAAGUUUCUUUACAGCAAUGGGCUUCUUAGGCCACCCAGGAAGCUCCUGUUUCCCUCCUGGGAUCUUUCUUCAGUCUGUCAGGCCCCCUUUUACUUUGGAGGUGGUUCCUUUUAAUAUGCUAAAGCUUAAUUAGCAUUCUUAGUGGCCAUUACCUCUACCAAGAGAGUAAGUGAGCUUCAGGAUAUAUCUUCCUCAGUGGAAUUUCUUAUAUUCAAUCAGGGUGAAAGUUGUUUCAUUAUGCCACCUCCCCGCUGGAACUAGAUGGUAUAUUCUAGAGUUCAAAAAAAGGGCUUUUCAGAUGUACCUAUCAAUAUCAGAUCACCUGUUGUCAGCUUCUAGGAGAGUUUAAGGGGAAUCAAGCCUCUCAUAAUUCUAUUUCUUGUUUUUUCGUCAAUCAUAAUGGCCUAUGCUUCAGUAGUUUUUUUAUUCGCCAGCCUACUUCGUGGGCAGAGAAAGCUCUUGCUUCACCCGAAGUAACCAGUAUGGCUGCUUCUUUGUCCGCUUUUAGCACUUUAAAAAUUGUCAGGCAUUUUCAGGCAAGAUGUACUGAGUCUAAAAUUGCGCUUGGGCGUAGGUACUUCAAGCUGUUUAGGCAUAAAGCCCACCCGCUUGGGGAUCUUGCUAUAUCCGAUGCGUACCGCCACCAUAUGUCAGAAAAACCCCCCAAAGGUUUACUCCCUGUAAAUUUUUUUCUUAAAAUGGUGGCAGUACAAAUCUCACUCCCCAACCCCCCACCCCCCUCCCCCCUCUAAAUUACAAUUUUGCUUUGUGUGUGGCUUAGAUGUGUAUUCUUGCUACGACUGAGGUGGGUUUGCCUAAAUGUUCCAAUUAGGAAACACAACCCAUACGUACUGUCACCAUAUUAGGAAAAAAGAAUUUACGGUGAGUAAUUUCUGUUUUUGGGUUUUGUUUUUUUUUUGGUUUUUUUUUUAAUGCAGUUAACACCUAUUCUAAUGACUUGCGGAUAUUGUUCAGGUAGCCGUGCGUGAUUACUAAAGAAAUAUAUAGCAUGCUUUAUUUUAUUUAGUACUAUUUCUGGCUCUUCCCCUCAAUCUGCUAGUACUGCACAAAAUUCCCCAUCUUUAAAGGAUUAGUGAUAGUAGACAUGCAUUUGAAUAGUUUGUGAAAUGCAGCACUUGGUAAUAAGAGAAGAGUCCUCUUUUGUUAAUAAACCACUGGCAUCCAGUAAGAAGGUAAACACGACUAUACUGUGCAGGUUUCACUUCUACAUGUUCAUCAUUGUUGUAUCAUGUGGUAUAUUUUAAUGUACCCGUAGUGAUAUUUUCAAAAGGAAAUGGAAAUUGCAUACACCGCAAAACCAAAUCUCAGGUUGUGUGCUCGACCUUGGUUUAUUUUUAUUUUUUUUAAACUUUAUUUUUAAGCCCCACACACAAUCUGCCUCCCCACGCUGAAUAGUAAAAAUGUAUGAAUACUGCUGAUCAGAAUAACCUUGUUGUAAAGCGGUUAGUGCCUUUCAGGCAUUGGUGUUUAUUAAAUAUUUGGCAGCUUAACCGCACAAUGCAUUGCCUACUUUUUACUAAUAAGCAUGACCCUCCCAAAUUAUGUUAACUUUAAAGGCAAUUUUUUUAUGUUUUACGUGGAGUAAGACCAGUGUAUCUUAUAAUAAGGUGGAAACUGAAUUUGAUUACAUGGAAGCAAAUAUUGGUAAAAUUUGAUGGGUCUAAAGUACAUUUUCCACAUUAUUAUUGUUUUCGCCAUGCAUGGUGUUUUUUCAGAGUGCUCCCCCAAUCAUAAAAAUGAAAUUUCAGUCAGGAUGGAAUUGAGAUCAUCUUAAUAGGCUUAGCAUAGAGUGGUGCAAAUAACUGCCAUUAUCCAUGUGGAUAAUUAGCCUCUUGGAUCUUGUCCUUCUGCUUUUCAAUUACCUGCAUCAAAGGACGUAGAAAAACUAAAAUAUAGAAAACACUGUCUGGGCUCCAGCUGAUCGCAUCAUGAAAAGUUUUGGCAAUCUGCAGAUUCAUUGUUGGUAAUUUGUUGCAUACUAAGCAAAGUCUUGACUAGUGUAAGUACAUUUCAGGUUUGUAUAUAUAAUUAUUCUUCAAUGAUUUUUCAAUGUUCUGCUUUAGCAUUCAGUGUUGAGGAAACCCCUUUUGGCACAUUACAAAGCAGAUGUGUCUUAAAUCAUCAUUGUGUUUGAACAUUUUCGAAUUGUCCCAUAGUUUGUAGAAUUAACAUGCAAUGUUAUAGUUUGAAAACUUGCUUAUUUUUAUAAUAGUGAUUUUGUGAAUUUCAUAAAAGAUGGUCUAAGCUAUUGGUAUUGAGGGUAAUUUUAGUGUUUUCACAUCAUUCUCAAUUUACAUUGGACAUCAAUGUAAAUUGUGAUGACCCUUAUAAUAAAUUAAAGAUAAAGUUUCAACUUAGUGGGCUGAAAAGUGGCUCUAAUGUAUCUGUUAUGAGUACACUAAAUUAAGCUCUAGUGAAAGAUCACACUCAUCAAAUAUGCCUGCAAAAGUGCUACUAAAUGUAUAGUUUUAAAAAUAUAUAUUUAUUUAAAGGGUCAGUCUAAGAACUACAGCAACUACAGACUGCUGUAGUAGUUCUGGUGCUGUGUGUCCUCUAGCCCCAUCCCAUGGUACGGAGCUAAAUUACUUCUAAUGGUUUGACACUUAGCUGGUAUGUACCUCUUCUCUUACAUGGCUCAAGUGUCAGGGGGUUUCACAUUGUAAUGGGGGCGACUGGGACCCAGCACUCACCAUCUUCUUUUUCUGGCAGCUCUUCUCUCCCAACUCUCGCAAGCCCCUGGCCGUCAAAGUGUUGCUGUGGGUUAUCAGGACAACGCUCUGCGCAGCACUGCAGGCUCAUGAGAGUUGGAGAGAAGAACCACCGGAAACAGAGAUAGCAAGUGCUGUGUCCCAGCCGCCCCCUCUACAAUGUAAAAUCUCCUGGCAGCCUGCACAAAGCCACUGGACCACCACAGAGGGAGUGUAUUGUAAAAGGCAGAGAGGGGGGAAGAAUAGCGGCACUUACAAAUGAAUAGCAGUCGGUGCCUACCUGGAACCAUAACCACUAGAAGUGUACUGUAUUGGUUACAGUGCUCAGUGCCCCUUUAAACAUUGUUAUCCCUUACUUAUUUCAUUCUCUCUAUCCAGAGCAGAAGGCAUAAAUUUCUAUGACGAGUUGAGGUAUAGGUUAAAGGAGAGCCUUUCUAUGACAGGUUUUCCAAUUUUGUCCACAGUUACAGUUAACAGUAUGCUUUGUAGUUGCUCGAAUUAUUCCUCUAGCGAGAGUGUCACACUUUGCCAGACUAUAAGAAUGCCAUAACAGACGGAAAUGCACUGGCACUUAAGUGGCGGGAAAGGUUCAUCCUGCUCAGUAAAAUGUUCUCAAGCUCGAACAAUUGCAUAGCUCAGCAGAGAUGUGGUGUUUAUUAGUGUAACACUCUGCACCCUUCAUGAUUAAGGUAGUUUCUACGUGGGACAACAGAUGAAUAGUUGCUUAAUAACUGACAAAGCAAGAAAUAUAUAUUAUAAUUUAGGUCUAUGGUCUAUUCAUUGCUUAAGGGGACAUUAGCAGUUCAACUGAGCCUGUCAUUACAGGUUAAUUUUAAUAUAAUGCUAUUCAGAGUCUAACUUACUAAAUCAAAUCCUUUGUGGCAUGGAUAUCAUUAAGUGCAGAAUUUUUUAUUUUUUAUUUUUUUUAUUGCCUUCCUAAAAUCGCAUAUUUUGUUGGUCUGCAUAUCUUAACAGAACUUUCAAAUUAGAUUAGUUUUUUUUUUUCUUCUAUAAAUGUUGGUUAUUUUUUCCUUUGCUUAUUGCUACAAAUCUGCCGUCCCAGUAAGUGCAGAAGCAAAUUUAAGAUAUUGUGUUUAAAAUGGUAAUGUAAGUUCUCAAGUUGUACAUCCAUUCAGUGUAUGUGACUUGAUUUUUUUUUUUUAAUAGGAGCAACUUAUACUUUCUGCAGUUUCCACAAAACUAGGCAUAUUACGAAGUUAGAAUGUUAGUGAACCUCAAGGACAUUAGCCAACAUGAUCUGAUUUAAUAACAUCUUCCGCGAUCUUCUCUUACAGGUGACACAACUCGCCAACGGAUCAAGUUUAGUGAUGAUAGAGUGUGCAAAAGUCAUCUGCUCAACUGCUGUCCUCAUGAUAUUCUCUGUGGAACGGUAUGUGCUAUUUGCUAUAGUUGUUCAUGGUGGGUUCGACUGAUUAUCAUUUUUACAGAGCUGAUACAAUUACCGAUCAUUGGUCGCGUUUACAGAUUGACAAUAACUGGUACCAAUAUUUUGUACCUUUAAGGCUUUGAAAAAGUAACACGAUUUCUAGACCAUUCUGGCAUUAACUGAACAUGCUGACAGCAAUCUCAUUCAUACAUCCAUGCAGUGUGUGUAGAUGCUGAACGUCGGUGCUACAUGUUGUACAGCACCGACCCAGUAAGCAACCUUAGUGGCCGUCUGAGUGACUGCCACUGUAGGUGUCCCUAGGCAGACAUGUAAACACUGCCUUUUCUCUGGAAAAAAAAAGUGUUUACAUUAAAAAGACUACAGGAACAUACUAUACACACCAAAACCACAUUAAGCUGUAGGUGUUCUGGUGACUAUAGUGUCCUUUUAGAUCUCCUGUCAUCUAGCCUAGGAGUCACCUCUGCUACUUACAGGUCCAAGAUUAUGCUAGACAGGCUCAAUUUAAACAAGCAGCUCUUCCAAAUUCCACUUUUUUUAUUUAAAGCUUUGUGCAAGCAGGUGCUGGUAUUGUUGCUAUACAGACACUCCUUUACCGACCGGGUUCCAUUCCUACGAAAUUUCCCCAAACAUAGAUUAGAGGGAUUCCCUGCUCUUGUGCGUUCAUCUAUGUUCGGGGAAGUUUCCCCGAACAUAGACGUGUGCACCAGAGCAGGGAAUCCCCAUGACGGCUCGCACUUGCUCCUUGUCAUAAGUGCGACCCGUCGUAAAACUGGUAGGUCGCUAAAUGAGGACCACCUGUGUACUGCUAUUUUCUCUAAUUCCUCACUUUAGAGAGAGUUAAUUUGUUUCAAACUGUGGGAACAGGAUUUGAAAGAGGUGUCUGAUGGAGAAGGCUUGGGAAGAUAUGUGGCUAGUAAGGUCUCUAGCUGUCUGGGAUUGAAAGAGCAAAUCUUUGAGAUCAUCAUGAGAUGGCAUAUGACCACUAAAACUGUGUAAAAUGGAAAAAACAUUCCAGAUUUCUGCUGGAGACACUAUAGCAGAGGUCCUCAAACUCCGGCCCCCCAGAUGUUGCUGAACUACAACUCCCAUGAUUCUUUCAAUUACAUAGAUAACCAGAGAAUCAUGGGUGUUGUUCAGCAAUAUCUGGGGGGCCGGAGUUUGAGGACCCCUGCACGAUAGCCCUUAAAGGGACGUGUAAAGAUAUGUUGUGGGAUUGCCAUCAGGUUAAACCCUUCUAGGAAGUUGUCAGAGGAAUAUUAUCUUAAAGGAACACUAUAGUCACCUAAAUUACUUUAGCUAAAUGAAGCAGUUUUAGUGUAUAGAUCAUUCCCCUGCAAUUUCACUGCUCAAUUCACUGUCAUUUAGGAGUUAAAUCACUUUGUUCCUGUUUAUGCAGCCCUAGUCACACCUCCCCUGGCUAUAAUUGACAGAGCCUGCCUGAAAAAAAAACUGGUUUAACUUUUAAACAGAUGUAAUUUACCUUAAAUAAUUGUAUCUCAAUCUCUAAAUUGAACUUUAAUCACAUACAGGAGGCUCUUGCCGGGUCUAGCAAGCUAUUAACAUAGCAGGGGAUAACAAAAUCUUAAUUAAACAGAACUUGCAAUAAAGAAAGCCUAAAUAGGGCUCUCUUUACAGGAAGUGUUUAUGGAAGGCUGUGCAAGUCACAUGCAGGGAGGUGUGACUAGGGUUCAUAAACAAAGGGAUUUAACUCCUAAAUGGCAAAGGAUUGAGCAGUGAGGCUGCAUGGGCAUGUUCUAUAAACCAAACCUGCUUCUUUAAGCUAAAGUUGUUCAGGUGACUCUAGUGUCCCUUUAUUUAUUUUUUUAAUGGACUAUUCAAUAUUAGACCCAUGGGUUUCUCUCCUUUCCAAACCCAUAGAAAAUUUACCUGAACAAUUAAAAAAAUUACUUCGUAAAAUUAUGUUAACAACUUGGAGAGGCUUGCAGGCAGGGUUGCAUAAUACGCGAUUUCCUUCAAUAACUGAUGUAAAACACAGAAUAGUGAAUAUCCAAUGGAUAAAUUCAAUGUUAUGGUCGUAUCUUUAUGAUGAUGUUCUCCAAAUUUUUGGCACCAUGGAUGAAUUUUUUUAGUAUGAUCAACCUGUUCCCUUUUGGCCUGUGUUUCUGGUCCCACAGUGGGUGCAAGUUUUUUUUUAUAAAUUUCGUUUUAUUUUUUGAGAUUUUACUAUAAUAAGCUAGGUGUCUUCUUUGACUUUGCUUCUCGAAAUGUCUCAUCUAUGUGAAUUGCCUGACAUUUUUCAUUUGUUUUUUUUCUUUCUUUUUUUUAUGCUUCUUUAUGGUUUUAGGUUGCUUUACCAUUUACUAUUUGCUAGUGACUCUAAAGUGCCUAUUUUAUUAGUGAUGCAUGAAAUCUUUGGCCAAAAAUAGGCCUAUGCCGUUUCGACCGAAAACAGGUCAAAUAUAUAUAAAAAUAUAUAAUUUUUAUUUUUUUGUGUGUGUGUGUAGUGCAUAGUUUAACAGACUUCUUUGCAUUAACAAAUCAGAUGAUUAUAUGUCACAAUGAAAGAUAGUAAUGAUAACAUGAAAAGUCAAGAAUACUGCACUUGGGACAGGGGAGGGGGGGAAAGAACACUAUGGGACGGGGGGGGAGAACACUAAAAAAGAGGGAGGGGAGAGAGGGACAUUAAGCGGGGGAGGGGGGGAGAGGAACCACUAAAAGAGAAGGGGAGUUUUUCAUAUUGGAUUAAUUAAAUUCCUUAAGUCUUACAUUAAUACAAUUUUUGGUUUUUGGCCAAGGGCAUCCUGAAUUUUCAGUUUCGGACCAGAAUUUUCAGUUUGGUUCAUCCCUAAUUUUUAUUUAUUUUUUAUGGGGAUCUACUGAUUGGCUUAGCAACCUGGUCAGCAACCUAUGGCACUUGAGGUGUCUUUGCAUGGCCAUGAAGGCUGCCAGAGUCAACCGAGCUGGCCUAUCAGGAGUCCCAGUGGGAUUUCAGAUAUUUGCUGGUGCAAACAGAAUGGCAUUGCAGCACUGGAAGAAGUAAUCUGAGAUCACUUCCUCCCAGCAUCUAUGAGCGGGAAUCCGCACUGGAGGAGAGCUUCUACCCUUGACUUGUACCUGGCCAGCCCGAUCCCCUCUGGACACCAGGGAAACACUGCUAGAUAUACAUAGAGGUACAGAAUAAGCCUCCCCCUCAGACAAAUAAUACAAACCACUCACACAAUAAUACACAUCACCAUUGACAACCAGCACACACACCACCAAACACACAAUGUGACAGGUCACCUACACACACAAUUCCACAAGCAGUCCACAUUCAUAGGUAUAUACAAUACCGCAAACUGCUCAUGAAUAUUUACAAUAUAACAGCCCAGAUACACACAAAUACAACACCACAAAGCGACCGACAAGAGCAACCAAAAAAUAACAAAAGCACAAUACAGCAGCAUACACACCUCAAUUUAAAAAAAACAAAUGGGACUGGCACGCCAAGGGACAUCAAGAUCUUGUUUUGGAACAGUACGACUAAAAGGUUGCAUUCCCCGCCAUGUCACUUGCUAUGUGGAAAAAGGUGGCUGAGUAACAAAGAUAGGAAAAUGAUCUGGAUGGGAUACAAAACCUGAAUAGAUCUGUGGGGUUGUGGCAUUAAAAUGUAGAAAUAACAUUUGCUUCUAAAAUGCAAACCACUAUAUUAUUUUACAGCAUUGUUUUGUAUUUUAUAAUAUAUUUGUCAACUUCUCUGUCUUUUUAAAAUGUUAAAUGUUGCUACUUUCUGUUAAAUUUUUUUGUUUUGUUUUUUUUCUCUUAGAGAAUGGAUCUGGGGGAAUGUCUGAAAGUUCAUGACUUGGCUUUGAGAGCAGAUUAUGAGAUUGCCUCCAAAAAACAAGAUUUCUUCUUUGAGCUUGAUGUAAGUUUAAUUUCUCUUCUAAUGGUUGUACACACAGCAUGCCAAGUAUGUGUGUUAACCCCUUAAGGACUGGACUGUUUUUGCGAUGUUGUACAUUUGCGACCAGGCAUAUUUUUACACUUUUGUGGUGUUUGUGUUUGGCUGUAAUUUUCCGCUCUCUCAUUUACUGUUCCUAUACAAAUUAUAUAUUGUUUUUUUCAGGACAAAAGGGGCUUUCUUUACAUACCAUUAUUUAUAUAAUCUCAUGUAUUUUAAUUUAAAAAAAAUAAAAAAUCUGAUGAAAAAUUGAAAAAAAUACAUGUUUUUUGACUUUUACUUGAAAAAUCUUUUACUCCUCUACAAAAGCGAAUGAAAAAAACUGCUAAAUAGAUUCAAAAUUUUGUCCUGAGUUUAAAAAUACCUAGUGUUUACGAGCUUUUUGCUUUUUUUUGCAUGUUAUAGGGCUAUAGGUACAAGUAGGAUAUUGCGGUUUCAAAACAUACAUUUUUAAAAUUUAUCAAUAGUGACAUUGUAACACUAUUAUCUGUCAUAAAUCUCUGAAUAACACCCCACAUGUACAUAUUUUUUUUAAAGUAGACAACCCAGGGUAUUCAAUAUGGGGUAUGUCCAGUCUUUUUUAGUAGCCACUUAGUCGAAAACACUGGCCAAAGAAAGCAUUCAUAUUUGUUUGUGUGUGAAAAAAGUAAAAAAACUAAAUUGAACGCUAAUUUUGGCCAGUGUUUGUGACCAAGUGGUUACUAAAAAAGACUGGACAUACCCCAUUUGCAAUACCUUGGGUUGUCUUCUUUUGCAAAUGGUAUGCCAUCAUGGGGGUAAUUCUCAUUCCUGGGCUACCAUACGCUCUCAAAGGCAACGUAACCAACCUGGCCAUUUUCAAUGUAAAAAUAUUUGACCCAUAUAUUUGACCUUGUAACUUUCAAAAAUGCUAUAAAACCUGUACAUGGGGGGUACUGUUUUACUUGGGAGACAUCGCUGAACACAAAUAUUAGUGUUUAAAAACUGGAAAACGUAUCACAACAAUUAUAUCAUCAGUAAAAGUGCUGUUUGUGUGUGAAAAAUGCAAAAAAAAGUCGCAUUCAGUGACAAUAUCAUUGCUGUAAUAUGAUUUACUGUUUUGAAUCACUAAUAUUUGUGUUCAGCGAAGUCUCCCCACCCCCCAUGUACAGGUUUUAGGGUGUUGUAGAACGUUACAGGGUAAAAUACAGUGCUAGCAAAUUAAAUUCUCUGGAAUUUCGGCUUGGGUUGGCAGGCAGGUCCCUCAAAUUGCAAUCAAUAAAAUUACUGAAUUAGGUAAAAAUAUUACAUAAAUACGCAUGUAGAAUUUAAAUAUAUAUGCAUAUUUAUAUAUUUGAAGUCUACGUGUAUAUUUAUAUAAUUAUGUAAUUUUGUAUAUGGACAUGUAUAUUUCGUAUUUAUUUAUAUAUACAGAUAUAUAUACAAUGUCAUUCUAAGUGUAUUUUGAUAUAAAUAUAUAUAUUAAUUUUAAAAUACAGUUAGAAUAAAAUUUCAUAUAGAUAUAUAAUUUUUUUACAUUUUAUUAUUAUUUAAAAAAAUUGUAUUUAAUUUAAAUUACUUAUUUACAUUAUAUACAAUAUAUAGUUAUUAUAAAUAUUAUAUAUAUAUACAUGUGUAAUUUAAUUAUAAGUGUAUUUUUAUAUUAAUAUAAGUACAUAUUAAUAUAAAAAUACACUUAGUAUGACAUUAUAUAUAUAUAUAUAUAUAUAUAUAUAUAUAUAUAUAUAUAUAUAUAUAUGAUAUAUAGACAUAUAUUAUAUAGAUAUAAUAUAUGUCUAUAUCAUAUAUAUACACAUAUAAAAAAAAAUUUUCAUUUUUAUUAACACUAACUUAGGACGGUCAUCGGUCGGCAACGCAAAAAUGCCGAUGACGGUCCUGCACCGUCGUCGCUCCUUAAGGGGUUAAAGACACAACUUCUGUAAUAAAAGGGAAUCAUGACGGAAAAUUUCCGUCAUCUGUCCAUAAGGGGUUACAUUUUUUGAAUGUGUACAAGAACCUUUUUUUUGUUUUGUUAUUGAGGCAAUUGAGACACACAAUGCAUACAAAACGGAGUCAAAACAAGUGUACAUAGGUAUAGCUGAGCUUGACAUGAGCGAGAACUUGAAGGCUUCAUUAUUAAGCACCUACUUUCUUAAUUUUAUUGGGUUUUUUUGUUUUUUUUUAUCCUGAAAAAAAUUACUGAUUUAUUGUAGGAACUGAAUAUUCUGACUUGAAGACUCUUUGAUUUCCUACUGUUUAUAAACUAAAUUAAUACUAUGGACUAAUUACUAUUAUCUGAUUGGGGAGGGGCGAGUUCAGUGUCUGUGUACGUCUGGUUAUUAAGCAAUACUGGGGACUUUUGUAUGGUUGUCUGAAUUAAAUAUAAAGAAUAUGAAUUCCUAUGUUUUGUCAAAUUUCUUUAUUAUAUUUUACUUAAAAGCGGCACUGUCUUGGGACUUUCAGGUUUUGUAAAGACUCAAAGAUGACGUCGCCACUGGGGGUUUAGUAGCCUUGCGCAUGUGAGUUCAGCGUUGACCUCUAUUGAGGAUCCCAAAGGACCAGUAUCCUCUAUAAACAGAGCCAAUUCCCUGCAGUACCCACACUGCUAGUACCCAUCACCACUGACAACCAACAUACACACACCUUACAAGCUGCCUAUCACAUGCAAUACUGCAAGCAGUCCCACACAUAUCCUACCAAACACAAAAUGGGACAUGUCUGCCACAAACAAUUCCACAAGCAGCUCACAUUGAUAUGUAUAAUACACAAUACCGCAAACUACUCAUGAACAUAUACAAUAUAACAGCCCACAUACAAAUACAACACUGCAAAGCCACUGCAGCACCCAUAAAUAACACAAGCACAAUACGGCAACAUACACACCUUUAGGAUUGCCUACCCCUAGUGUUAGCUGACCGCUCUAGCCAGGCUUAGGAAAAAUAUGUAAGACAAAGGAGUUGUUAUGGUUUUAGUUAAAAAUAGAUAAAAGAAAUAGACAGUAGGAAAGAGGGCAAGAAGAGUACCAUAUAUACUCGUGUAUAAGUCGAUCUCAUGUAUAAGUCGAGUGCAGUUUUGUGACCAACAAUUGUGAAAUAUGCUAUGUCUCGUGGAUAAGUCGAGGGUAAAACUUGGGGCUAUGAAAUUCUGUGAUUUUUAUAAUUAUAUACACACUCAUACAAACACACACACUCAUACAAACACACACUCUGCAUUAUAUAUACACACACUCAUACAAACACACACUCUGCAUUAUAUACACACACUCUGUGUAUAUAAUGCAGAGUGUGUGUUUGUGUAGUGUGUGUGAACCAGGUGGGGGGAGGGCAUUUUUAUUAUUUACAUUUUUUUUUUAAUUUAAUUUUUUUUUUUGUCCCCCCUCCCUGCUUGUUAACUGGUCAGGGAGGGGGGCUAUCUUAAUCCCUGGUGGUCCAGUGGCAUGGGCUGUGAAGUGGGGGGGCCGGCAGGAAGCAUUUACUUGCCUUUCCUGCAGCUCCUGUCAGCUCCCUUCUCCUCCGUUCCGGUCAGCUCCACUGUAAGUCUUGCGGUCUGGCUGACGACCGCGGCUCUCUAAGUUGCCAUAAUACAGACAGUGACUCGAGUAUAAGUCGAGUGGGGGUUUUUAAGCACAAAAAAUAUGCUGAAAAACUAGACUUAUACUCGAGUAUAUACUGUAAGUGAUUUUGAAAACGUAAGUACAGCGUUAGUGACACCUAGAAGAAGAUUCUGUUGCAAACCUGUGGUCAUGUUCAUGAAUCUUUGCGUAGUGUUUGAUGGACACAAUGCCUUUAAAGUCCUUUUUUUUUUUUUUUUUUUAAUUUUACAUGCUGUUUCAUAGGUAUUGCACUUUUUGUCUGUGGAAUCAAAGCUAUGAUCAAAGUUUGAUUUUUGUUUCAUAUACAAAAAUAUCAGACCUGUACUUCACAUGAUCUGUGGUGAUAACUAAACUUUGUAAACAUACUGUGUGUUUUUUAUGAAAUUGUAGUCAAGGCAAAUCCAAUGUGAGCAGAUUUAUUGGCGCAGAUGAAAGCAAAAUUUCAGCCGCAACAGGGCCUUUGUCAAGCUUGACACAGGCCCUGUUGCGGAAAGAAACUUUGCUUUCAUCUGCUCCAAUAAACCUGCUCAAUUUGGAUUUACCUUGAGUGCUUGGACCAUCAUUUACUUUCUGCAAAUUACAUUGAGGAUUGGUCAACCUCAGACCCGGUUGCACCCUGGGAUCCAGAAGAGUGCGGUACCCUUUACGGUAAUUAUAUCUAUGAAAUUGAAGUGGCAUAAAUGUUUCAACCUUAUGGUUUUAGUUGUACUUAGGGGGUAUUCAUACUGUACGUUUCUCUGGGCGUGUUCAUAAUUUAUAGUUAUGUGUGUAGUACUUAAUAUAAGAAAACAACUUGCAUGCAAGCUAUAUUAAUACAGGCCCUGUGUAGUCCUGUUUUUUGGGGGGUUUUAUUUAUGAAAAUCUUUUGUUGUAGCGUGAUUCAAAUGAGCCUUGUAUUCCAAAAACCUUUUUCCUUUUGCCUCUCCUAUCCUGCAAAUUUAUUGUAUAAUCUCGAUUGCAGUAGUCAAACAUUUUUAUUCAAAAUGUCCUUUCAAAUGACUUCCCAGUGAUUUUUCACCUUUUCUUCCUGUGUCUUUAGUCACUAAAUUAAAAUAUCUGUUUUUAAUACCGUUUAAAUUGCUGAAUGAUGUGUUCCUUAUAAUUUUUUCUUAAAGACUGACAACAUGAAGUAAAUAAUUACAUAUGAUUACAGGCAAUGGAUCACCUGCAAUCUUUUAUUUCGGAUUGCGACAGGCGAACAGAUAUUGCUAAGAAGAGACUUGCUGAUACUCAAGAAGAGAUCAGUGCAGAAGUUGCUGCCAAAGUAAGCAAUAUAAAAGUUCUAUAUAUAUAUAUAUUGUGUACUUUAUUAUUUAUUUAAUAUAUAUAUAUAUUUGACUAGAGUAUAAACCUGGGGUGGGAAAUGCAGCAGCUACUGGUAAAUUUUUAAAUAAAAUUAGAUCCCAAUAAAAUAAUGAAUGCAGUGUGUAGUUAAUGAAUGCAGAAUGUGUGUGUGUGUAUAAUCAAUGCGGUGUGUUUGUGUAGUGUGUGUGUGUGUGUAAACUGGGUGGUGGGAGGGCUUUGUUUUUUGUUUUGUUUGUUUUUUGUCCCGCGCCUCCCUGCUUGUUACCUGGCCGGGAGGAGGGGGGGGCGGCCUAUGUCAUUCCCUAGUGGUCCAGUGGUAUGGGCUGAGCAGUGGGGGGGGGCGGCAGCAAGCUGUUACUUACCUUCCCAGCAGCUCCCUUCAUCUGCCAGUGUAAAUCUCGCGGUCUGCGUGCCGUGCAGAUAAUCCGUGGCAGCGCUCUGACUGCCACAAGAUUUACCCAGGGAGAUGAAGGGAGCUGCUGCCCCCCCCAGUAUGUACGUUAUAUAUAAUCUGCCCCCACCUCCUAUCACCACCGAUCCAGUACCAGCACUUUAUUUAGCAUACUGCAAUACAAAAAUAAAGUGGCUUGAUCCUCAUUUUCCUUCAGAGCACUGCAAUUAUGGAAUAACCUCAGGGUCACAGUCAAAUCUUCAUUCAAUCUAAAAUCUUUAAGAGAUCUAUGGCAAUAUACCUCAAUACAGAAUGCACCUGUCAUGAUUGAAUAUGUUUUAUCAUCAAUUAUGUGUUAAAUUUAUGUGUGUGUGUUUGUGUAUAAAUAGCAGAGGCUAUGAAAUAGUUAUUUUAAUUAUAAUAAAUUUACUACUCCGACCUAGAUGGUACAGAGACCUCAUUAACCCUUCAUUGCAAAGGAUGUUCUCUACACUGAUCUUAACAUUACCUCAAUUUUUGGUGAUUCAGGGGGACUAGGAGAGACCUCUGGUCUCUUAUGUUUCACUUAUUAUAUGUAUAACUAUAUGUAUAGACAGCAUAUUCUGUGACCUAAUAAUCUGUCAGAUAUCUGAACUACUUGUGGAAUUCCUAGUUGCUAAAUUGGCAGGAGUUUUAGGACUUUCUUUGUAUUUUGUAAGUUUGUAUUCUAGCAUGCUAGCUGAAAUAAUGUUGAAGCCUUUCUGUAGAAUUAGAAAAAAGAAAGGAAAAAAAAAAAAACUUUUACACAUGAACUUAUCCUCUCUGGCUGUUAGCUAUAAGGAAUACUUCCCACCGGUAUCAGUUUUGUAUAUAUGUUACAUUCACCGCCAACACGCAAAGUGUACUACUGACUGUUCUGUGCGAAGCAUCAUAUUUGCCAAUCUUAUUGGAUGCUGCACAUGCUCAGUUUGUCUUAAAUGCUGCUCUGAGAAGGAUUUGAUGAUGCUCAGCACUAGCAGGGAAGUAGUACAGAAGUGAUGGAUUGUUAAUCGGGGCACAUUUUUAUAGGAUAGGAAGGCAUUAAAAAAAAAAAUUACUAGCAUUGACUAUACCUGUAAGAUUGCAUAGAACAUAUAAAAGUUCUAAAUUAGAUAUUUAAUCUGUUAGAAAGGAAAACUACAUUAAUACCAGUUAACAUAUGGGGAGUGUGGGAUGGCAAUUUGGAAGGAUUUCCACAGGAGUUUCUUCAUAUACAAAAAUAUCAGACCUGUACUUCACAUGAUCUGUGGUGAUAACUAAACUUUGUAAGAUAGUAGUCCUUUUGAUUAAGGGCAAAUUAGAUAAAAUCCAUUGCAGGUCGAUUUGCAACCAAAAUUAUAUUUUAUUUAUUUUAAUAAAUAAAUGUUUCUUUGCUUAGGCAGAAAGAGUGCAUGAAUUAAACGAAGAGAUUGGAAAAUUAUUGGCUAAAGCAGAACAAUUGGGAGCAGAGGGAAACGUUGAAGAAUCUCAAACUGUUAUGGAUGAAGUUGAAAAGACUAGAAUUCAAAAAAGAGAAGCUGAGGUUUGUUAUCCUAUACUAAAUUAAUUUCCUGCAUUAUAUUAUAUUCAUUGAUAUAUGUAACAACAUUUUCAUAAUUCUUUUAGUGUAAUUUGGUAUGAGAAUAUCUAUAGAUUUUACUUAAAAGGGACACUCUAAGCAGCAAAACAACAAUAGCUUAAUUGUUGUAUAGACCAUGUCCCUGCAUUAUAACUGCUCAAUUCUCUGCCAUUUAGGAGUUAAAUAUUUUUGUUAUGCAUUAAUUGAAACACCUCCCUUGCAUGUGACCUGCACAUUUCCUUUAUUGCUCAGUCUGUUUAAUUUAGAAUGUAUCUCCUGCUCAGUUAAUAGCUUGUGAGAACCUGCAGGAACUUCCUGUGUCUGAUUUAUAGUUCAAUUAGCAGAACAGUAGAUAAUAGCUUAAACGGAAACUAUAGUGCCAGGAAAACUCGUUUACAUGGCACUAUAGCUCCCCCCUGUGGUGCAGAAGGGGUUAAAAAUCUCUUCUUUCAUUUACCUGUGCUCCGCUCCACCCAUGCUCCUCCCCCGCCGACGGGGAAGACUUAAUGUGCAUGCACAUUAAUGGCCGCACUCGCAUUAGGCUUUCACCAUAAGAAAGCGUUAUUAAAUGCUUUCCUAUGGGGAUGUCCAGUGUCAUUUAGGCGACUAAAAGUCGCCUUUGAGCCUGAAAGUUCCUCUAGGGGCUGUCUGGUAGACAGCCACUAGAGGAGUUGCUAACCCUAGCAGGUAAUUAUUGCUGUUUAUAAAACCUACAAUAAAUACAUGCUCAAGGUUAAGGGUAAUGGGAGUUUGCACCCAGACCACUUCAAUGAGCUGAAGUGGUAUGGGUGCCUACAGUGUUCCUUUAAAAUAAGCACACUGUGCAGGCUAUGUAAUUGAAAAUGAAACAAUGUAUUUUCUUGUAAAUUGUGUCACAUGCAGGGUUGGUAUGGCUAUGGCUGCAGAAACAAGUGAUUUAACUCCCUAAUAGAGAAUUGAACAGGACUGCAAAUAUGAGUUCUAUACACUAAAACUUUAUUAAGUUGUUUAGAGAAUCCCUUUUAAACAUGAUUUAAUUUAAAAAGAUUGCUUUGCGAUAAAAUGGCUUUUAAGCAACUAGAUGUGAUAUUCUGUGCCCUUAUUUAUGCAAUUUCCCUCCUUGUAGGAAAUCUACCGCAAUUCUAUGCCAGCCUCAAGCUUUCAGCAGCAAAAGCUGCGAGUAUGUGAAGUUUGUUCGGCUUACCUGGGACUACAUGAUAAUGACAGAAGGUUGGCUGACCACUUUGGGGGCAAGUUGCAUUUGGGCUUCAUUGAAAUACGUGAGAAAUUAGAUGUAUUAAAGGUAAGGAUCUUCAAUUUGAUACUGAAAAUCUGUGCAGUUGUUUCCAUUGCAUGUGAUAAAUGAAAUCAUUCAGCAAUGGAUUUUAUUGUAUUGAUGAAAAUCAAGGGAAAUUGUAAUACUUACAAUGUCUUUGCAUUAUUAAAGAGCUAAAUACUUUGCAUUAGUUUGUAUGUACUGAAUUUGCCUUUCUUCAUAGAGACAAUCCAGUCAACAUACCCACUUCAUGUAAUUGAAGUUGUUGUGGUGAUUGGAAUUCCUGGUCAGCUGCAACCUGGCUCUUCUGCUGCAAUGGCUAAAACUUCUGCAUUGACUCGAGCUGUGAUGGGCAGCAUUGAUAGAUUGUGAAAAACUGAGCACAGUCAGCUGAUGCACUCAUAUAACUCAUCUUUGGUAUGAAUUGGUAUGACUAAGGCAGAGUGCAACUCUAAUCUAGCCAUACCCUCCAGUGGCAUCAAGGCUGGAAGUGCCUGGGGACAUUCAAAAAAUGGUUUACCGCUUAACCAAGAGUCAUUGCCAGGGGACUUCAGGCACCAUAAGUACUUUAAUAACAUGAUGUGGUUAUGGUGACUAGAGUGUGUCUCUGUAGCAUACAAAAUAACCGAUGAAGGGAAAAGAGCAAAUCAAAACACAAUAUUUCAUUACAUGAAAAACAUUUAUUUGAAAUUAAAUUUGCACGUGAAACUUUUGUUAAUAAACCAGUUCUAAUUUCAUUAAACAAGUGACUGUCCUUCCGCAAAAUGACAAAACAUUAUAUUCUCUUUUAUUGUUAGAGGCUUGUGGCAGAAAAAAAGGAGAGGAGAAAUCAAGACAGACUGAAACGUAGGGAGGAAAGGGACAGAGAGGAGCGAGACAAACUGAAAAAGAGGUAAGUUACUGUCCUCUAGUGUGAUAAUGUAGGGUACAACUCUACAAAAUAAUUUAAAAUUAUCAAGGUCAUGUGUGAGAACAGCUGGGGGGCGGGGUCCCUCUUUCUGCAUCAUUUGCUCUUAGUCUUCUAAUGAAAUACAUAUAAUUAGAGUUUCUAUUUAAGUAUAUUUACUUUAAUAUCUUAUAUUUAUUACAUCAUUGCAUGGUCUGUUUAGUUACUAUUUCAUUCAACUGCUGCUAAAUAUUUGUAUUGAUCAUUCCACAAAUAAGCUAAUCAGAUCAAUUAUGAACUAAAAUUGGGGAAUUUCAAAUUCUAGUCCAAAAUAUUGGAAUUUGCUAAAUUAUGCUACUUCUGGUUUCUCAGUUGAUCUCUCUGGAUUAUUUUUUAAAUCACCUAAAAUUCAAGGUUUAUUGAAUAACCCUGAUUUGUAACUUAAGAUGUCAGUGUUACUUUUACUCUUUUAAUUAUAAUUACUUAAUUUCACUAAAGAGUAGUAAUUUGCAUACAUAAUUUUUUAAAUGUUGUGCUUCUUUACAAAUCUAGAACCAGGUACGUUGUCAGACUGUACUGAAACAGUAUGACUACUUACUGUGGGACAGUGCCAAGGCACUCCUGGUGCCUCAGGUGUUCCUGUAAAGUAGUAACUUACUACGCUAAUCUACAUUGUGUUGUUUUUUGGAUGUGCACAUUUCAUGCUUCCAAGUGCCAUUUUGUACAUAACAGCAGUAUUUGAAUAAAUUAACUACGAUUUCCUUUUUGUCACUUAGGUCAAGAUCCAGAGAACGCCGCAAACGCCAAUCUCGUUCUUCUUCUCGAGAUCGUAAAAGAAAAACAAGGUCUAGAUCUCGUGAAACACAUCACAGACCCAAGUCUCACUCAGGUAGCCGUAGCCGCAGUCGCAGUCACCACAGGAGUCGAGAUAGGAGCAGGGACCGUAGUUCCAAAGCAAAGUACGUUUAUUUUUAUUUUUUAUUACUGGUGGAGGGGUGCUUUGUUUUUAAUUUGGUGAAUAAUUUUGACUAUGGGGAAAAAAAAAAUCUGCAUGAACGGAGCAUACACUAACAUAAGGCCCUCGGAAGCAUUGAAUUAAUGCUUUCCAAUGGGAAUUUCACUGACUCUGGAUGUCCUCAUUGCAUAGCGUGAGGACAUCCAGGUCACACCCUUGGCCUCUCUGCUCACCCAUACUAGGACAAAAUCCUACUCAAAGCACACUGACCAGCAAGUGGUCCUUCAUACAGAAUUAUUCAUCUUGCUCCUGAGAAUCAACCUACCAAGUGUUCAGGUGUACCCAAGACCAGGGACUUCGUCUGGAUAUGGCUUCUGUGAGGCUUCAUCUAUGUUUUUGAAAGCAAGAAAAGAAAGUUAAUGUAUUUUUCUUUUUACAAUAUCAACCAGUAAAGUGAAAAAUGUUUUCAGCAAUGCCAUGUGUCUUAAAUAAUGUAAGGCUCUUAAGGGUUAAACACACAGCAGCUAUUAGCAGUGCACAAUAUGUUACAAUGAAUGUUGUGUUAAAGUCAUUUUCCUUGUCACAUCCACUCCAAAAUAUGAAAUAGGUCAGGCUUGUGGAAUUUGUCUUAAUAUACAAAAUAUCUAUCCAGAUAAGCUCUUGUUUUGCCGUGACCAAUUUGAAAUAUUGGAGAGGGUGGCAAAAGUUCAAACGAAAGCAUUUAAAAAAAAAAAAAAAAAGCGGAGCAGAUUCUGUUUUACUCAGCUCUGCCAAUAUCUCAAGCUAAUCUACCAAUAGGGCUGCCAUACACGAGAGGUCGCCCGGGGCAGUCUUCAAGUACCAGUACAUGCCUUUCAUUUUCAAAUCCAGGCUGAAACGAGGGAGGGAGGAAGCGGCCCGCGGUCUACCAUCUCCCUUCACACGUUGAACAGACUGUGCUGCUGGGGCCUCCCGCGCCCUUUACCACACCGAAGACUGAGUACACUGACCGCUCCUUGCCGGAUCAGCUCUCCUCAAUGGGUAGGUGCUCUCAGAAACUCCAACCAUGCAACGCACAUGAAGCACAAGAUAUAGGGGUCCCAAUUCCAGCGACCGGCCCAGCACAAUCUGGUGACUCAGGAGGGCCAUGAGACCUCAGUUAAUCCUCAGCACCCCAUGCCAACCACAACUCAGCCAACACCACAGACUCCUGAGCAGCCAGCCCCAAUCAUUCCGGACUUGACUCUGGCCACGAAGCAGGAUAUUAAAGACCUCCUGGCUGACUUUCGACAGACGCUAACAGCAGACAUUGCUGUAAUUCAAGCUUAGAUGCAGGCGGCCACUGACAAGGUCCGCGCCACAGAGGAGGACAUCCUCAAUGCAAGAGAAGAUCUACUGAACAUGAGAGAAUCCCUUAACUCCGUGCAAAAGUCGCAACAAGCACAAUCGGUGCCCUGGAUGACCGCUCCCGUCGCAACAAUUUAAAAACAUGCAGGACUACACCUCCCAUGGUGCUUUGCCAGCAUUAUGGAUGUAAGAGCAUUAUGGGGGAUGCAGUCCACAACAUCUGGAGUGCCGAAGGUUGCCUACCCCUGCUUUAGACAUUAACUACGAAAGAACUGUCACAUUACUUGAGACGCAUGGGUGCCUCGCUCUUGCCACCGACACAGGCCAAAAAGUUAAUGACUGAUGGGGUAUUCCGCCUACCAAAAUCCCAUAGAGCUCCUACAUCAACCGUGAGCAAUGUGCUAAACCGUUGCUCCUUCGCACAAGACGAGAAAUCUUUACCAACAGCCCUGGGAACGAAGACGCCCUAUCUGUUUGAGGUCACGGAACUAACAUUCUGCCAAGACUUCUCGAGGUCCACCCUGCAGUGGAGACGAUCGCUCUUCUCCAUCACAAGUCAGCUGAGAACAGCCAGAAUCCCAUACCGUUGGGCAACUCCAAGACCCAAUGUGGCGGAACAUAAUGGAACUGUACGUAACCCAUCUUCUACUGAGAACGCACUAGCCCUGUUUAGGGCACUGGGACUUCCUGUACCGGAAAGGGAAGCAGGAGGCCAAAAUGGUACUCUCCAUUGGGAUCCAACCACUGUGAUCCCCUUCGUCCCACAUUUACAACAGACUGAGAAUGGGGACCUAACUAGGCAAGCUAAUACUACUUUGAGUAGCCACAGGCUGCAUCAUCUGUUUAUUGUUUAAGAUAAAUCCCCACCCCCUUGGUUAGGGGUAACAGAAAUGAGUCCGUACAUCCUCUUAUAGCCUGGGCUUUAUUAGGGCCACUGCACUUAGCCAAACCAGAUCAAACUCCGCUACAGGCUCGCUAAUUUUUUGCCACUACUAUACAGCAUAAUUUACAUAAUCUCCAAACCUCAUCCCUCAUAUAGCAAGGCCCUUCCCUGCUGACAUACAGAUGACCCAAGCAUACCACAAGCUGCAGGCACAAGCCCACCUCCUAUGUCUCACUCCUGGUAGCCGCACAGACCACCUCAUUCUGGCAAGUUAAAACCCGCCAGGUUAUAUCCCCACAUGUCUAACCUACAAUAAAUACUGUAAAAUGAUAUGUUAAGAUGAUUGUUUUGCUUAUUUUUCAAAAAGUAAAAGGCUACUAAUCCCCGUCCCGCGAAAGGGUUAAACUUUUUCAGUCGUUUAAAUUUCUGCAGUGUUUUUUUAGCUUUUCCCCUUACUCAUUUACUGUACCCACACACAUUAUAUACCAUUUUUCCUCGAUCUAAAAUGGUCUUUCUAAAGAUACCAUUAUUUUCAUCAUAUCAUAAUUUAAAAAGAAAAUUAUAAAAAAACACCUUUUCUAACCCCCCAAAAUCAGUUGCGCAUCUGCAACCGCCCCAAAACACCCGUGCUAAAUAGUUUCUAAAUUAUGUCCUGAGUUUAGAAAUACCCAGUGUUAACAUGUUCUUAGCUUUUUUUUGGAAAGUUAUAGGGCAAUAAGUACAAGUAGCACUUUGCUAUUUCCAAACUAUUUGUUUUUCUAAAUUAACGCAAGUUACAUUGUAACACUGAUAUCUGUCAGGAAUUCCUAAUUAACCCUUCACAUGUAUAUAUAUUUUUAAAAGACAACCUAAGGUAUUAAACUUGGCGGAUUUUGAAUCUUUUCAUGCAACCAUUUUACCACCAAUCUAUGCCAAAUUUAGAAAUAAAAAUAAUUUGUGAUUUGACACACACAGCAAUUUAAGAAUACAUGUACUGAGAACUUUAACCCCUUAAGGACUGGACUGUUUUUGCGAUGUUGUACAUUUGCGACCAGGCAUAUUUUUACACUUUUGUGGUGUUUGUGUUUGGCUGUAAUUUUCCGCUCUCUCAUUUACUGUUCCCAUACAAAUUAUAUAUUGUUUUUUUCAGGACAAAAGGGGCUUUCUUUACAUACCAUUAUUUAUAUAAUCUCAUGUAUUUUAAUUUAAAAAAAAUACAAAAAUCUGAUGAAAAAUUGAAAAAAAUACAUGUUUUUUGACUUUUACUUGAAAAAUCUUUUACUCAUCUACAAAAGCGAAUGAAAAAAACUGCUAAAUAGAUUCAAAAUUUUGUCCUGAGUUUAAAAAUACCUAGUGUUUAUGAGCUUUUUUGCUUUUUUUGCAUGUUAUAGGGCUAUAGGUACAAGUAGGAUAUUGCGGUUUCAAAACAUACAUUUUUAAAAUUUAUCAAUAGUGACAUUGUAACACUAUUAUCUGUCAUAAAUCUCUGAAUAACACCCCACAUGUACAUAUUUUUUUAAAGUAGACAACCCAGGGUAUUCAAUAUGGGGUAUGUCCAGUCUUUUUUAGUAGCCACUUAGUCGAAAACACUGGCCAAAGUAAGCAUUCAUAUUUGUUUGUGUGUGAAAAAGUAAAAAAACUAAAUUGAACGCUAAUUUUGGCCAGUGUUUGUGACCAAGUGGUUACUAAAAAAGACUGGACAUACCCCAUUUGCAAUACCUUGGGUUGUCUUCUUUUGCAAAUGGUAUGCCAUCAUGGGGGUAAUUCUCAUUCCUGGGCUACCAUACGCUCUCAAAGGCAACGUAACCAACCUGGCCAUUUUCAAUGUAAAAAUAUUUGACCCAUAUAUUUGACCUUGUAACUUUCAAAAAUGCUAUAAAACCUGUACAUGGGGGGUACUGUUUUACUCGGGAGACAUCGCUGAACACAAAUAUUAGUGUUUAAAAACUGGAAAACGUAUCACAACAAUUAUAUCAUCAGUAAAAGUGCUGUUUGUGUGUGAAAAAUGCAAAAAAAGUAACUUUCACUGACAAUAUCAUCACUGUGAUAUGUUUUACUGUUUUGAAUCACUAAUAUUUGUGUUCAGCGAAGUCUCCCGAGUAAAACAGUACCCCCCAUGUACAGGUUUUAGGGUGUCGUAGAACGUUACAGGGUAAAAUUACAGUGCUAGCAAAUUAAAUUCUCUGGAAUUUCGGCCUGGGUUGGCAGGCAGGUCCCUCAAAUUGCAAUCAAUAAAAUUACUGAAUUAUGCAAAAAUAUUACAUAAAUACGCACGUAGAAUUUAAAUAUAUAUGCAUAUUUAUAUAUUUGAAGUCUACGUGUAUAUUUAUAUAAUUAUUUAUGUAAUUUUGUAUAUGGACGUAUGUAUAUUUCUUAUUAUUUUUAUUUAUUUUUAUAUACAUAGAUAUAUAUACAAAUUCAUUCUAAGUGUAUUUUGAUAUAAAUAUAUAUAUAUUAAUUUUAAAAUACAGUUAGAAUAAAAUUUCAUAUAGAUAUAUAAUUUUUUUUUAAAUUUUUAUUAUUAUUUAAAAAAAAUUUAUUUAAUUUAAAUUACUUAUUAUUUAUAUUUUAUAAUAAUAUAUAUAUACAAUAUAUAUAGUUAUUAUAUAUAUUAUAUAUAUACGUGUGUAAUUUAAUUAUAAGUGUAUUUUUAUAUUAAUAUAAGUACAUAUUAAUAUAAAAAUACACUUAGUAUGGCAUUAUAUAUAUGAUAUAUAGACAUAUAUUAUAUAGAUAUAAUAUAUGUCUAUAUAUCAUAUAUACACCUAUAUAAUUAUUAUUUUUUUUUAUUAACAUUAACUUUAAUUUAUUUUUUGAUUUUACACUAGCAGGGAGACUGCCUGUCAGCACAGGCAGUCCCCCUGCAGGCAGCACUAUGGACACCUAUUGUGACCAUGUGAUCGCUGUGUUAAGCGAUCACAUGGCCACAGGGGUCCUAAUCUGCCGUGGGGAGACUGUCUGGGCUGCAGGCAGUCUCUCCACAACCGGAGCCACGCUGAUCGCCGCCGGGGGAACGACGGCGAUCAGGUAAGUAACUCUGACCGUUAGGACGGUUCAGGACCGUCAUCGGUCCUCAAGGCAAAAAUGCCGAUGACGGUCCUGAACCGUCCUCGGUCCUUAAGGGGUUAAGGGUUACUGCCAAAGAACAACCCAAUAUGUGUUCAGCAACAUCUCCUGAGUACAGUGAUACCACCCAUGAAUAGGUGUGUUGGGUUCUCUGGGGGCUAAAAGACCUUAUUUGGAGGGUGCACACUCCAGUUUUCCAAAUUCACAGCUGGUCAUCAUGCGCACAUGUCCUAUUUGGGACAUUUUUGAAGCUGGCCAAUGUAAUUUACCCCCAUCAAGCCAUUUUUUUUAUUUUUAAAGUAGACAACCCACAGUAUUCAAAAUGGGGUAUGUCCACUCUUUUAUUUAGUAGCCACUUACUCACAAAUCCUGGCCAAAAUUAGUUUAUAUUUAGAUUUUUUUUUGCAUUUUUUUUUUUUUUUUACACAAACUGCCAUUUCACUGAUAUCAGUAUAAUACAUUUUACUGCGCUAAAACCCUCAUAUUUCUGUACAGUAAAGUUUUACGAGUACAACAGUACCACUCAAGUAUAGGUUUUAUGGUAAUUUGGAAAGUUACAGGGUCAAACAUAAGAUUUGCCAAUUAAGUUUUUUGUAAACGGCUGUUUGCCAGAGAGACAGACACACACACACACACACACACCCACCCACAACUUUGUAAAUAGGUAUCAACACUCUCGGAUUUUAAAAUUUCCAAAAUUUAUUUAGUUCAAAGUUAAAAAACAUAAUGUAUUUUGAUCCUGAUGAAAGUCCUCUAUGUAGGACUGAAACGGUGAUCUUUUUUUUAAUUUUGGACUUUUAAAAUCCGAGAGUGCUGAUACCUAUUUACAAAGAUGGAUACUACUAGCCAUGGUUUGCUAGCACCCGGUCAUUAAAGGACCACUCUAGGCACCCAGACCACUUCAGCUUAAUGAGUGGUCUGGGUGCCAGGUCCAGCUAGGGUUAACCCAUUUUUUUUAUAAACAUAGCAGUUUCAGAGAAACUGCUAUAUGUUUAUAAAUGGGUAACUCCAGCCCUCAAAUGGGGGCACCUUCAGGGCACUAUAGUCGUCCUUUAAGGGACUUUAAACGUGAGUGCAAGAGCUUUUUCUUUAUAUAUAUAUAUGCAUUAUAUGUAUAUUUUAAAAUUAUUUAAUAUUUUAUAAUAUGUUAUACAUAUUUUGUUUUACAUUUUAGGUUCCUGGGGUACUGCAUGAUUGCUUUAAGUCACCCUGCUGGCAGCUCCAUAGACUUCCAUUGCGGCUGUGUGAUCAUCGUGAUCACAUGGCCCCGGAGGGGACGGAGCUGCAGCAGGGGGACUGCUGGGAUAUCGGGCAGUCCCCCUGGGCCAGUAUCGCCAGUCCAGGUGAGUUCUCGGGUUAUUGUAGCCACGGACGUGCAGGGUACGUCGGUGGUAAUUAACUGCUGUUUUGGUUUUUUGCCGGACGUACCCUGCACGUCCGAUGUCAGGAAAGGGUUAAUGAGAUUGUGCUUUGAUUCUGUGAGAGGCCAUUUUUGGGAGAAGAUGAGGCCUAGGAUACAAAUUAUUUAAUUGUUUAAACUAAACUAUAAAUAAUCUUGAAAUAGGCAUUGAAAGCCAUGUUUCAGUGUUUGUAGAUGACACAAAACUGUGUAAAGUAAUAAAAUGCGAGCAGGAUAUUGCUUUGCUGCAGAGGGAUUUGGAUAGAUUGGGUGACUGGGCACUUAAAUGGCAGAUGAAAUUUAACAUAGAGAAAUGCAAAGGUAUGAACUUCGGGGUCAAGGUAUGCACUUCGGGGUAGUGAAUUAGGGAUAACCACACACGAGAAGGAUUUGGGAAUUGUUAUAGACAACAAAUUAAGCAGCAGUAUGCAAUGUCAAUCUGCAGUUGCUAAGGCCAGUAAGGUUUUGUCAUGUAUAAAUAGAGGCAUAAAUUCUCGGGAUGAAAACACCUUGAAUAUGCUGUGCAAUUUUGGGCACCUGUUCUAAAGAAGGAUAUCAUGGCACUAGAAAAAGUGCAUAGACGAGCUACAAAAUUGAUAAAAGGAAUGGAGCAUUUUAGUUACGAAGAAAGGUUAAAAAAUGUAAAUCUCUUUAGUUUGGGAAAAACGGCGCCUCAGAGGGGAUAUGAUAACAUUAUACAAAUAUAUUCCGGACCAGUACAAACCAUUAUAUGGAAAUCUUUUCAGAAACAAAGCUAUACAUAGGACACAAGGUCACACAUUUAGGCUGGUACAAAGGAGAUUUCAUCGAAGGCAAAGUUACAGUAAGAGCAAUAAGGAUAUGGUAUUCUCUGCCUGAAUAGGUGGUUUUAUCAGAGUCCAUACAGAUGUUUAAACUACAAUUGGAUACAAACUUGCAAAAAAAUACAGGGAUAUAAUUUCUAAUUAGUGGGGUGAUAGCUGCUUGAUCCAAGGAGACAUUUGACUGCUAUUUUGGGGUCAAAAAUGAUUUUUUUUUUUUUCCUAGUUUGUUGCAAAAUUGGAAGCGCUUCAAACUCGUUUUAUUUUUUUUGCCUUCUUUUGGAUCAACAGCAAAAACAUAUGUGAGGAAGGCUGAACUUGAUGGACGCAAGUCUCUUUUCAGCUAUGUAACUGGAACUGAUGUAACCAUUGCUCCAUUGGUGUAUGGGGUGCAUAUAGCACAGGUUGAGUAACUGGUCAAGAACCACGUGGCAAGAUUUAUUUGCCUCUUAGUUCAGAAUUUACAUUAAAUAGUUUGUGGAAAACUGGUUACAUUUUUUAAUUUGUUUGUUUAUUUUGGCUUAAAAUUUAAAUUUCUCCUUUGUGUUUAAAAUUCUCAAUUCCCUAUAAGUGUGUACCAAUGAGAGAUUUAUUACUGAAUAUCUAUUUCCAUAAUGGUGAUGUCUUGCAAAUCAAAGGUAAAUUUGUAUUUCUGUCACAGAGAAUAGAUUGCAGUUUGUUUUAAUAAUCUGAUAUUUUCACUCAGAUCUUCAAGAGACAAAGAGCGGUCAUCAAAAGAUAGAGUAUCCAGGGAUCACUCAAGAGACCGGGAACGUAAACAUAAGAGAAACAAUGAAAGCACCAAUGGAAAACCAGAGAGUCGUAGUUCGGAGGAGCUUGAGGCUGGAGAGAUUUAAAAAUAAAAUAAAGUUUUUCUAAAGCUGCAACCUGUGACAUAGUUUACAGAUGCUUGUAAGGGACAAAAUAACAGGGAUGGUUUGUCACUUUUUUGCUAGAAUAGCCAUAAAGUCAAACCCUACUUGGAUAAAAAAAAUUUCUUUCAUACAUUUUUUACUUCUUUGAAAACAUACUGAAUCUUGCGUUCAUCUCGGAUGCUGCAUUAUAGAAUGUUUUUGUCCUAUUAAAGUCUAUUUUAUAUCUGCAUACACCUCAUGAGUUUUAAACUAGGUGUUCCUGACUUAAGGUUUCACUGGUAUACCCUAGUUUCAGGCAGUUAUAAAAAAAAUCAAAAUAAAAUCACAACCUUCAAUGCCUUCAUAUUUUUGUUAAUAUUUGUGGAGUAGAUUUUUAUUAUAUUUUUUUUUUGCUGCUUGAACCUGAUUUAAGCACACUUUUUGCCAGCUUUUGUAAAACCUCUACACUCCCUCUGCCCUUAAAUCAAUUUUUUUUGUUGUUGCCAUUUUUAAUGUGAACACAUAUUGCAUAUAGUGUGUAUUCCUAGUAUCACAUCUUCUGCAAUAUAGAUACAUAGUUACAUAAGCUUGUCAUUUUUUUAGCAAAAAUUCUUGUUCUGUUUUCCAUACAGUAACAAAUUUAAUAAACCAUAAUUCUUUGUGAUGCAAUACUGUUAUUCAUACAUGCCUUGCUCAAGAAUUCCUUGUAUGCUUCAUAAUAUAAUACAGCACUUGCAAAUAAUUGUAAUUAAAACCCAAUAGUGGACAAAAGCAUCUUUAGGGCUUGUAUUUGUCUAUUCCUUGCAAAGACAAUUCUGGCAAAAAAAAAGUUUCUUCCUCUGUAUUAAAUGUGAAAAUGUAUUUAUAAAAUAGAUGGAAUCCUAGACUGGUAUGUUUUUUGGGUUUUUUUUGUGUUUUUUUUAAAUCACUACUCGGCUAAUGAUGCAGCGAAUUUUGUCUUUUCAAAUGAGAACUUUAUGUUCAUAAUAUUUUCAGCAAUUUAAAUCUUUACUUUUGUCCCAUGUAAGCAAGAAUCUGAGUAACUUGUUUGUGUUGAUUACUUUGUAAACCUGUCAGAAAAUUUGCUGUUGAAAUCCAUAAAUGAUAUCCAAUAUGCUGUAAAUAUUUUUGAAAUCAGUAUUUAAGUUUUGAUUGUUUUAUUCUGUAUCUAAAUAGUUUAGUUCAUUAAAACUAUAUAGUUAUGUCUAAAUUUCUUUUCAUCUGCAAAGCUUUUUCAGUCAUUUGCAAUAAAAUAUACCAG